CGAAAGAGAGGAAAGCAAACAAUUUUCAGGCCCGCCGCGUCUAGCAAAAAAUAUGAGAAAAAAAUUAUUAAAAAUUCGGAAAAUAGUUGAAAGUCAAGAAAAACUCUACAGAAAGGAUGUUAAAGCGCCCGGGGCCCCUGAGUCCGGGCAGUGUUGAGCACAUAAAACUGGAUAAAAUAAUUGCAUCAGUACUAGCUGGCCGCUGUGCCCUUGUCCAUGUAGCUGGUCUCCCUUAGAGUGCCAUGGCCACGGGAACCCAGGGCCACCGUGACCACGUCCUGGAGAAAGCCAAGCUCGCACCGCCCAUGGGGAGGCGCAGGAGAGCUGAGGGGAAGCCGAAGAAGAACUUCCUCUGCCAGGACUGUCAGAAAGCUUUCAACAGCCUGGAGAAGUUGAAGGUGCACUCGUACUCUCACACAGGAGAGAGACCCUACAGCUGCUCCCACCCUGACUGCACCAAGGCUUUCGUCUCCAAAUACAAGCUGCUACGGCAUAUGGCAACUCACUCGCCAGAAAAAAACCACAAGUGUUCAUACUGUGAGAAAAUGUUCCACCGCAAGGAUCACUUAAAGAAUCACCUACACACUCACGACCCAUACAAGGAGGCGUUCACCUGUCAGGAGUGCGGCAAGAGUUACAACACCAAGCUGGGCUUCAAACGCCACCUCGCCCUCCACGCCGCCAACAGUGGAGACCUCACCUGCCAAGUAUGCCUGCAGCCGUUUCCCAGCACUGGGGUUCUUCUGGAACACCUGAAAACGCACGCUGGCAAGUCCUCUGGUGGGACCAAAGAGAAAAAGCAUCGCUGUGAGCAUUGCGAGCGGCGGUUUUACACCCGUAAAGACGUGCGACGCCACAUGGUGGUGCACACCGGACGCAAGGACUUCCUUUGUCAGUACUGUGCCCAGCGCUUUGGUAGGAAGGACCACCUGACACGCCACGUGAAAAAGAGCCAUGCCCGGGAGCUUCUGAGGGUAAAAACUGAGCCAGCUGAUUUGCUGGAACCAGUUGCCUAUGACUUGGCGUCUGGGGGCAUCAAGGGCGAGCUCCCAGGAAUGCUGACGCCGAGGUUGCACCAGCUCAACAUGUACACAGGCCCCGUCCUGGAAACAGAGCCCUUCCCUAACCCCACACAUGCCUUUUCUUUAAAGUACCCGCUGGCCUCCAACUUUACCUCAUACACCGUCUCCUCCCAGGAGCGGGAGCAGAAUCUAAAGGGAGAACUGGAGACCUACCUGAUGGAGCUGCAGAGCAGCAUGCCCUCCUCAUCCUCUGCAGCCCAAGAACCCCAACUCCCCUCUUCCAAACUUGAGUUGGAGACUCAAGUGGGCGUGCUGGAGGAGACGAGCCAGGAGGUGUCCCUGUCCAAAAUGUCCACGCCGGUGGCGGCAGCCUCCGCAGGGGACUCUCUGGCUUCAUCCUCUUCUCUGAUGGACUUCUCACAGCUUUUCAACUUCCUGCCACUUAAUGGGCCUCCGUACAACCAGGCCGGGGGCAGCGGGGGGCCAGGCGUCGCCUAUCCACCCAACGAAGAGCCCACACCUCUCGUCCAGCUGCCCCCCCAGCCCCCCGAAGGCCCAGAGGCUACAGAGAAUCCACUUCAAGGGCUCCCCUCCUCCUUCAUAUCCAACCUGAGCACACCCACCACACUGCCCCGCUUCCACCAAGCUUUUCAGUGAUCCAGUAUGUACUGCGCAUGAGACACAUACACUCACACAUACUGACACACCAGCCCACCAUGAAACAAGAUGCCAGUUUGAAGAUAUUAGUCCCUCUGUCCAUUUAAUAUGACAACAUGAGCAGACACUAACACAUUUUGCAGACACAUGAUGAUCAGUACUAAGACACACAUCAAAUCUGUUCACGUAAUAGCUGACCAAUCAUCCUCUUGUGCUGGAUGUUUGUGCAAAUACAAUUUCCAGAUUCUCGGUUUAAGUUGUACAACCUAUCAUGAUCAGUUCUGGAUGGCAGGAGAAAAUACUUCUCAAAGAUCUGCAGGUUACAAUAUACAGCAGUAGAAUUCAGCCAUGGGCUGUACUCAAAAAGGUUCACAGUUCUAACAUCAGUGCAAAACCCCGCCACACACAUAUUAAUGGAGCUAAAACUGUUUUAAUGUGGACAAUGCUUAACCAUAACAGUGAGAGCUGUUUUUGGGAGUUUGAGAAUUUUCACAUACAUGAAUGAUGAUAUUAAUUUGAUUGCAGUGACUUUCCAUUACCUAACCCCCCCAUGCUUUAGAAUAGGCUGACCUUAGUAUGCAGAUUUUUUCUUGUGCAGCACUUUGAAGCCUGUGAUGUCGUCUGUCAUUACAGUUGACCUUUGUUUUAUGUCUUUCUUAUUUGUGGUAGGGACCAAUCUGUAGUUUUGGAAUGUUUUCUUCCAUUUACAUACGUGACUGCUGAGCAUUUCACAAACCAUACCAGACUUUGGAUGGAUAUUUUGCAGUGCUCUAGGCAGACUUCCUGGAAGGUGGGAAGACUCACUCAAAACAUCUCAAAAAUCAACGUUAUUUUUUGCAUAAAGUUAAUAUUUCAUCAGCAGUAAAUAGUCUAAAACAUGCAAAAACAUCAGUCUGGUCCUUUUGAUCAACCCAUAAAGCAGACGUUUAUUUACAUUGUUAACGACAAGGUACUGGAUAGCAACUACUGAGCAGUUAUCUUCAUUCUCCAACAGUCGUGUUCACCAGUGUCUUAUGGAAUUUCUUAGUUAUCUUCCAACCCCAAACCAAAAUCAACCAAACAAAAAAAGACAAAAUCCCAUCAGGUUAAGUCAACACCCUCCCCGCCACACCCAGUUGGAGAGUUAAGAUCAACCAUGUAUCUGGAUUAACUAGUCCUGGACACCAGAAAACUGAGAAAUCAUGCUUUUAACCAUGACUCACAAACACACAAGCAGUCACUGUUUAUGAGCCCUACCUAGUGAAGCAUCCACCCAGAGAGAGAGUACUACAGGCUCAAUGGCUAGGUUCACACUGAGGCACAAGUUAUUCAGAUCAGACAAAUCACAUGGAAUCUGAUCUUUUCUAUUCUGAUUUGGGCCACUUUCAUAUGUGGUCCAAAUCAGUCUAAUUUUUUUUUUGCAAUGUGACCUCAGUGUGAACAGGCAUUAUAGAAUUCAUGUGACUUUUAUGUCACUGUAGAUCAGUAUUCAUCGUGUGGGUCACUUCAGUACUGUGUCAGAUGAGAUCUGAGCAAUAAUUCAGAAUUGAGCGCCGAUGUUGCAGUGUGAAAAUAGCCAGUGUGUCAUGAGCUGCUUUACUCUUCCCUUGUUAAUGUCAUUGUGCCUUAAUUUUCAAAGUUUAUGAAAAAAACUAUUAUAUCAAAGACCCACAAAGCAAGCACUCUUUCAAGGAUGAGGGAAGUUCCUGCAAAAAUGCAUUAUCACAUACAUGAAGUAUUUCCUGUGUGUAGUCAAGUACCUGUGCCUUUAGUAAACUUCUAAAAAGUGUAGUUAGGUUGCCUUGUUUAUGACUGUUGGACUGAAACUAAACUUUUUAGUUGUAGAUUGGAUGCAAAAAAUGCAGAAAGCACAAAUAAUGGGGUGGGUACAUUUUACUUUUUAAAAAAGAGCCUCCAUAUCUUAAAGGUCCAUUGAGUAACAUUUGGAAGAAUCUAUUGGCAGAAAUGGAAUAUAAUAUUCAUAGGCAGGUUUUCAUUAGUGUAUAAUCACCUGAAAAUAAGAACUACUGUGUUUUUGUUACCUUAGAAUGAGCUGUUGUUAUCUACAGAGCAAGCGUGUCCUCUUCCAUAGAUACCGCCACCGUAGUUUCUCCUACGUGCUCAGAAGGCAAGCGGUUAUGCAUUUGGUUGCAAUCUGCCACUUCAUCGCUUGUCACUAAGGGGCCACUAAAUCCUACACACUGGUCCUUUAAGUGACAUGUUCACUGGACCCCUACCCCACUUGGCUUAGAAAAAACUGCAAACAUUUAAUAUAAGAAGAAAACAUUAGUUUUUAUAAUGUGUGCCACCGAUCGACACAUUAAAAGCAACUGCCAGAAUAAUGGCAAACAUUCUGUUUACCACAUUCUACUACCUUUGAACCAAUAGCAAGAUGAAGAAUAUACAUAUAAACUAUGUCAAUACAUUUGUUCUCAUCCAAUGUCGAACAAUAUAACUCCUCAAUAGUAUAUGAAAUUAUUGUAACAUUAUUUAGAACUGCCAAAUGUUGCUGCUAUUUUGGUCAUUUAGCCAAAAGAAUGGGAUGUGGGAAAUCUUUUCUGAGUGACUGUGCCACACCUUGGUAGUCAUUCCCUUUAGACUCUAAAUGUUUUCCUCAAACAUAAAUAAUUUUUGUGCACAGAUUUGUGAGGUGUGACUUGGAUGUUCUGCUUCCAUUAAAACUCAGCAUGCAGCCCUCCUGAACCACAUUUAGUAAUAACGCAAAUAUUACUGUAAGCUCUGAAACACCCAGUUCAGAACCAGUUCAACAGUUUAUGGUGAAAAUAAAUGUCUACAGCCACAUGUUCUGACUUCCUCUAGCAUGGCUCCACUUUACUCUAUGUUUAGAUUAAAGUGGAAGUCACCCCCUGAAACACAAAACACAUGUUAGUCCUGUAGGUUCUUGGCCUAAAUCUGCAAACACGAACUCUCUUAAAGCUAAAAACAUGACGGCGCUAAGCGAGGUCUUUGACUCAGUUUACCCUCAUACAAUAACAAUAGUUGGUAGCAUUCCAGUUUUCAUGCAAAUGUGAAGAGAUGCAGUGUAGUGAGUUGCUCUUUAAUGAUAACAGCAAUGAGGCUCACAUAUGCUGCUGGAAAAUGGUAUAUUGCAACAAUCAAAGGAACAUCUUCAGUGCUCAGUUGGUCUUUUAAGAUAAAAGUGUUGGUAUGGAAGCUAACCGCACCCAUUCUUCCGGAAAUGCAUUCAUGCCAUAAAGCUUUAGAUACUGAAGCACACUCAUUUAAGUGAAUUCAAAGUGUACAGUCAAAGAGUCUGCAGAAUUUAUCUUCAUGUUUCCACAUUCAGCUAUGUGGUUUCUAGCUUUAAGGGAGAGUCGUUUACUGGCUUCAUCCUUGACUGAAAUGUUUAAGAUGGUAGGAAUCCAAUUUAGGGGCCACAUGCCUCUUCUUUAACUGCUUCUAGUGCCUUCUAGCAAGGCACUUAGCUGUACCAGCAAAGCUGCUUACCAAGGGACAAUAGUAAACUAUAGUGGUGCUUGGGCAUCUCCCAGAUGUAAAUCUAUUCUGUAUGAAUGUGAAGCAGAACAGUGCUGGAUAAGAGCUAAGAUUCUAACCUUCCCAGAAAAAUUCAAUUCAUUAGGCCAAAGCAUGCUAGAUUUAUAAAACUAGUGUAUACGUAGUCCUUCCUCCUUCAAACCUUAAAGGACUAUCACUUCAAAUGCAGUUAAAUGUGUUGGUAGAAAGUUUCUUUGGAAAUAGUAAAGACUUGACAUGCCCGAAGGCUCACUGUUAAACCACCAGUUUUUGAAACUUCUGCCACCACCUAAAACUGUGGAGGUGAAAAAUUCAGCCCAGUAUCCUUUGUGUUUUUUUUAAAUUAUUAUUAUUACAUAUAAUUCACCUUGAAUUAUAUAAUAUAAUAUAUAUGCUGCAACACAAUGGCUUUAUACCUAAAGACAUGUUACAGAAAUUCAAUUUUUGCUAAUAUUCCAGAGAAAUGGCAGCUAGCAAGGUCUGCUACAUUAGCUUUGACUCAUGAAUUCAAUACAGUAAUAAUAAAAUAUAUAUCCAACACUCUUUCUAAUUAACGACAAACAAUAAAUACUUCAGAAGAAAGGACGAUCUUAACAUUGAGGGUCACAUUGUGGGAGUGGCCUGUCAUCCAUGUGCUCACUUGCUAACUUCUGUUUCCGUAGAAACUAGAUUUUAUUCAGUUUGUUUAUUUUUUCAUUAUGUCACAGUGAGGACUCAGAAGUGAUGGCACUUUUAGAUUAAAAAAUCAUAUAAAUGAUAAGUAAAUCAAAAAAUAUUUUAAGUAAUAUUUAUAUGAAACGGUCAUUUUAAAUAAUGUCACAUUUUAAUUGUUUCAUUUCAUUUUACAUAUGUCAACAUUGAGACUACAGUAUUGGAACAAAAAAAUAGAUAGAUUAGAUUAGAUCACAUUAUUUACUAAUUGUUUUAUGUUGAGAUGUGUAAUAACACUGUGUAUAUAUUUAUGAAGCAUCAAGCAUUCACUGCUACGACUUAAAAUUCCCAAUAGUUGCAGAAACAUCCAGGAAUUGGAAUAAGACUUAUGUCCAUAUUGGACAGAACUACAGCUCACAUUUUACAUACAGUGCCAGUGCAGGAAGUAGUGUACCCUGUUUAUUGAGAGGCUAGAAGUAAGGGUGGGGAGGUAUAUAGCACGUCUGAUAUUCAUACAGGAUACAGGAGUUUGUCACAGACUUGUUAUUACAACAAUUACUUGCUUUUAUUUAAUGUGACCAUGAUCUGUCCCAAUACCUUAAAUUGCCUUGCACAGAGAUUGUGGAGAGCAAGAUUUUUAAAAGACGUUAUCAAUGGUUUAUCUGGUGAUAGGGUUGGAAAAAACACAUACAAAAACUGUAUCAGAUAAUCUACAUCAUUAUAAACUGUUAUCAUUUACAGUGCUGGCUGCCAUAGUAAUGACACUGUUCUGUGGACUGUCCUCAGUAACUACAAAAACAUGUUGCUGAUGUUGAUGCUCCACACACCAAAUUCUGUUUACCUCCAUUGUGCUGGUAUAGUAACCUGACCAUGUAACGUAAUCAAACUUUCAGUGAAGGCAGUCGGGAGAAAACAUCAAACAACAAAAACAUCUUCUGUGCCAUUCUUUGCUCUUCUUUCAAUGAAGAAAUACUCUCCAGUUCUGAUAUAACUGAUGCUAGCAGCAUCUACACUCACUUCUUUAGCAGCCUCCAUUGUUGUUUAACACACAAUCGCUUCUCACUGCGUCAUACCUAGCUCCCACCCACGUAGCUGCCAUUAGUAUCGGACCAGUCAAAGGACACUGACUGGUCCGAUACCACUGUAGUUUGGCAAGAAAAGCAUACACUGAUGUCUGGCAAGAUGGCUUCUCACAUAAUUUUGUGAUCUCACAAGGUUACUCAUGUGGUGGUAAAAGUCUCAAAACCUGGACAAAUGAAACCAAAACUGGGUUUGGGUUAGGAUGGAUAGAUGCAGCUAGAGGGGAGAGAAAUUAUAUGUUGUUGUUUUUUUGGUGAUAUUGUAGAUACAAUCUUUCUUUAAGGACAUGAUGUUUUGGUGUGGGCAUGAAGUCAAUCAGGACUCCCCAGCAUUAUCUGAGGCUUUUGUUAUUGAGAGAUUUAGAAAGUCAAAGCUAUAUGUAGCGACACUCCGCCCAGCUGCUAAUGAAAAAGUGCUUUCUGUUUGGUCAAGAGGCCAAGAGAAUCAAUUGGUUUCACAAACGUACAUUUCAACCUUGUCUUCUUUCAACUGUAGCUUCACUGCUCAGUCAUUAGCAUGGACACAAUCAUACAAUGGAAGCAGAUUUGCCUUAUUUUUAUGCAAUACCUCUGACAUAUCAGCUGUCAUUUAGAAUCGACGUGGACACACAAAAAAUUGCACAAAAUAAUGACUGUGUUGGAACAGAUGCACAUCACAUAUAUAGUUUUAUACACAUUAACCAUUAUAGAAACAUCACCGUUAAUAACCCUCUAAAUUCUGUUAAUGAUUUUAACAUUUCCACAAAUAUAUGCUGGAAUGAUGAACAAGACAUUGCCUUUAAAAACAUUUAGUUUUGAGGGUUUGAAUAUUGGACUGUAUAAAUAUUAUACACAUUCAAUGAACCAGAUACAUAACAUGUGAGAUAAAAAGUGGACCUCCAAUUGGAAAAUUGAGGUUCAAGAGAUAUUUUUGCUAACAACAGAAUCAUAGUAAAGUACAGUUAGCACUAAUGCAUUGCUUUGACAUAUUAUUAGCAACUGCAUUACCUCUAUUUUGUCAUGGAUUUAAAUCUAAAUGUGGUAAUGUUGCCAUGAAUAGUUACUGUAGCUGUUGUUGCUCAUAUAAGGUUGCUUACUUUGGGUUAGCCUCAUUUGUGACCUCAGCACCCGUCGCAUAGGAAAAUGCCUAGCACAUUUAACUUCUAGGCAGUUUAGCUCCCAGUCAUUAUUCAUACUCCUUCGGCUGCUUUUUCACGAAGUUAAACCAACAAUGCAGUUUAGCUACCAGGUGGUAUUAAGCAACACAGUUAAGUGCACAUCUUACGCUAUAUUUUGCAUUCUUCAUCCCUUUCUCACUUUUCCAGCUAUUUAUACUCUUUUCAAAUUUGAUCUGCUCAUAAACCAGGAACUCCAUUCAAACCUUACAAUGUUCCACAUCUUUCUUCUUUUAAUUCAUACUAAUUUGACCCACUUUUCCUACUUUUCGUACUCCUUUAGCAACUUCUCCAUACAAAUUAAAGCCAGCAAUGCAGUUUAGCAUCAGCUCUUCAACAUCCAGCAAUGUAUCAGACACACAUUAUUGAUCCAAGUCCAAGUAGACUAUUUGUAUAUGUCUUCAUACAUGGCUUAAGGGGAUCUUUAAAGAUGCAAUCUGCUGCUUAAUAACAUUCAGAUUGUUCCACUCAGGUUUGCGUAGUAAACUCCAAAUCAGUAACAUGCAGGACACUGAGGUCACAAAUGGGGAUAUGUUUAGGUUACUAUAGUUAUCAAUCCUAUUCCAGUUACUGUAUUCCCCAGCGGCUGCUAUAAUUGUAUGACUGUAGUAUCAUUUCUCAUACAGUUAACAUUGUGCUAGCAAUCACUAGCCACCAGUGCGGCUGGGUAUAUUGACUGAAAUACAUGUGUAGCACUGAAUACCAAAAUCUUUACUAAAAGCUGACUUUAAAUGUCAUCAAAGGUCAGAUUAAUCUUGUUGUCUCAUUCUUUGACCUAGUAGUUCCUGAUUUAAAUC